UGAUCAAUCGAAUAAGUUUGGAGUAACCUCCAAGACAAAACUAUAUUCGUCGUCUUCCCCGCAAACACUUGCGAAGAUCUCCCAAACUAGCAUUCACUCCCCUCCUAUUCCAUACUUUUGAACGUAAUUGUACUGCAAAAACCUAAUCAACGAUGUCUAUCUUUGAGUACAAUGGGAGCGCACUAAUAGCGAUGGUGGGUAAGAACUGCUUCGCCAUCGCCAGUGAUCGCCGUCUCGGAGUUCAGUUGCAGACCGUUGCUACCGAUUUCCAGAGAAUCCACCAAAUCCACGACCGCCUCUUUCUUGGCCUCUCCGGUCUCGGCACCGAUGCCCAAACUUUGCAUCAACGCCUUGUUUUCCGUCACAAAUUGUACCAGCUGCGAGAAGAGAGGGACAUGAAGCCUGAGACAUUCGCAAGCCUUGUUUCAAGUAUUCUUUAUGAGAAAAGGUUCGGUCCUUAUUUCUGUCAGCCGGUAAUUGCUGGAUUGAGUGAUGAAGAUAGGCCCUUCAUUUGCACAAUGGAUUCAAUUGGAGCCAAGGAGCUUGCAAAAGAUUUUGUUGUUGCUGGCACAGCUUCAGAGUCACUCUAUGGAGCAUGCGAAGCAAUGUUCAAGCCUGACAUGGAGCCCGAGGAAUUAUUUGAGGCCAUUUCUCAAGCUCUUCAAUCAUCUGUAGAUCGUGACUGUUUGAGUGGCUGGGGAGGCCAUGUCUUUAUUGUAGAUUUUUUGUUGGUGUGCUCACUUACCGGCAAACAGUGCCAUGUUAACAUAUGAUCGUUUGUAACGCAGUACACCCACUGAAAUAAAGGAAAGACUGUUGAAGGGAAGGAUGGACUAACCUCUCAUGUAGUUGGAAGAAGUUGGAUGAGACAGCACUUUCAUGCUGCACUACGACUGGUUUUUUUGUGAACUGCAAAUCAUAGACUGUAUUUACAAGGGGACCUUCUCGACCAUUUGCUAUUUUAAGCUUUUAUUCUGUGGUGCUUGAAAUUGUUGUAUUGUUAAAUUUGAAAUUUACUCGACCGACUAGUUCGAUGUUUAAUAUGUAAUUCGCUUUAUCAGGAAAUUCGCGUGUUUGUGAUGUGCUUCGAUGUUAUGGAUUGUGAGUUUAAUUUAAACGUA